AUGUCAGCCAUCGACGCUUUCAAGGCACCGUCUCUAGUUUCCAAAAAGACAAGAAAAGAAUUGGUUCAAGACAAGGACGACGUUGUCAUUGACUCCUCAACUUUAUCCACACAAAGCAUGCAAGAAGACGUUGACAUGGACGAAUCCUCCUCCUCUUCAGCAAUCAGCAAGCCUAAGUUUGCUGCUGUUAGUGGUGGAGAAGCUAACACGGUUGCUAAAGGCAUUCGCAGAAUACCCAUUCCACCACAUCGUAUGACUCCUUUGAAACGCCAUUGGAUGGAGAUCUAUACACCUCUCGUCGAACAUAUGAAGCUUCAAGUGCGCAUGAAUAUUAAGAGCCGAACCGUUGAAAUAAGGACAUGCAAGUCUACUGAAGAUCCAAGUGCUUUACAAAAGGGUGCUGAUUACGUUCGAGCAUUCGCAUUGGGCUUUGAAGUACAAGAUGCUAUGGCAUUGUUACGUUUGGAUGAUAUAUAUUUGGAUUCAUUUGAGAUCAAGGAUGUCAAGACACUUCAUGGUGAUCAUUUGGCAAGAGCAAUUGGUCGUAUCGCUGGUCGUGACGGCAAGACUAGAUUCACUAUCGAAAAUGCUAGCAAGACUCGUAUUGUGCUCGCUGACACUAAAAUCCAUAUUCUUGGCUCCUUCCAAAACAUCAAGGUGGCUCGUGACGCCAUUUGUAGCCUUAUUCUCGGUAGUCCACCAGGCAAGGUUUACGCCUCUCUUCGAACCGUAUCCGCACGCAUGAAAGAACGCUUUUAA